AUUCGUCUGUUGAAUUCUGAACGCUUCGGUUCGCUUACUCGGGCUCUCCAAAAGUAGCACCACAAAAUAAAGCAAAAAGUGAAAAGCUCCACAAUAAAAUAAACUUGUGUAAAUCAAAAAGUGUUAAGUGUUAACCACAAAAGCAAGUGAUAAGGCCCUGAAGAGGCGCCCCUAAACAGUGAAAGAGAGAUACUUAAGAGUAUAGUCGAGCAAAAGACAAGAAAAACAGUGCAACAAAGUGCAACAAAAUAUACAUCAAGUAUAUACUACAUAUUAUAAAAAAAAUUAAUCACACAAUGGAUAUGGAUACAUUGUUGCUGCCAUCGCCGCCUGCAACGCCCCCGCUGCGGGAUAAUCAAGUGGAAAACGUCGCCAAGGACAAACAACAGGUCAACGAGAAUCUGCUCAAGGCCAAACUAAAGCUGGUGGCGAAUCAAAAGUGCCACAAGAAUGGCGGCAUCAUCACACCCAAUCCAUCGGACACGGAGGACGAUGCCACAGAUGCAUCGCCACCAAGCAAAAAGGCGCGUCUGGAGCAGCCAGCUGCCACAUUGACGCCGCCACCGGAGAAGCUGAAGGAGGAACAGGAGCAGGAACAGGAUGCGGCACAGCGUGUCAGCGUCAUUAUGCGCGUCAACAGCGUUGGCACCGUCAGCUCCUCCAACGAGCAGAACAGUUCCAGCUCCAGCUCCGACCCCAACUCCAGUUCCAUCUCAUCCACAAGCACAACGAGCGGCGCCUUCAACACACCCAUUGCCGAUGAUUAUCCCGAGGAGAAUGUCUGGCGCAACCUCAAGUACAAAAUGAAUCGCAAGCGUGCCGCCGAGGUGGCAUUGCCCGCUCCCGCACCCGCACCCGCUCCACAGAUUGCCAACUCGACGCCAGCGGAACAACCAACAAUGUCAGUUCCCGCUCCAGCUCCAGUUCCCACUCCCAUAACACAACUCUACAUUGCACCUGCUUCGCCUACAGCCCAGCUGCUGCUCCUCAGCACGGUUGCCGCUCAGGCACAACCCAAUUCUCUGCUCUCCGCCGCCGCAUCCUCUUCCUCCCCCGUUGUCGAGUGUCCCGCUUCACCUGGCAAACGGAUCACCGCAGCCCAAGCAGCAGCAACCCGCAGCAGGAUCUACGAGUGCAGCUUCCCCGAUUGUGGCAAGAACUACUUCAAGAGCAGCCAUCUCAAGGCGCAUCAACGCGUCCACACCGGGGAGCGUCCCUUCAUCUGCAAGUGGGACAACUGCGACAAGCGAUUCUCGCGCUCCGACGAGCUCUCGCGGCACAAGCGCACACACACAGGCGAGAAGAAGUUCCAGUGCGGCGUCUGCCAGAAGAAAUUCAUGCGCAGCGAUCAUCUGUCGAAGCACGUGAAGCGUCACAACAAGGACAAAGCGAAUGGUGUCAAUCGGAACGUUGCUGUUGCCAGCUCAGCAUCUUCGCCCGCCUCCGUCUCCGCCUCCAUUGCAGCCAAUCUCUGCGAGCCAACGCUGCAGCUGCGCGCCAUCGCGCCAGCGAGUCCCAUGCAGAGCUGCUCCCAAUCCUCCUCCUCAUCAUCGUCCUCAUCGAGUGGAAGUCUGCAGCUCUACAGCGCGCAGGAUUUGCUGCGAUUGCAGCAACAGGCGACUAGCUUCGUGGGCAGCUUUGUGCGAUAGAAGACACACAGAGGGAGCGACAGAGAGAGAGAGAGAGAGAGAGACAACGAGAGAGAAAACUACUCUCAGCCAUAGUCCCCAAUCUCAUUGCGACAGUAUCAUCAGCCCAGUCACAAAAACCACACAAAACACAAAACUAAAGAAAUCCCAAAACCCAUUCGGCUGGUGUAGUCCUUAAGUCGUUAAGUUAAGCAGCUAGUUAUCUUGUCGUUAUUGUUAUCGCUAUAUAUCUUUAUCUAUAUAUAAUUUGUGCAUAUAUCAAGCUCAUAUUCAAUAUCCCUGUCGCUGUGGGAUUCAUUCAUCCCAUUCCAACACAACAACAACACAGCACCUUAGUCUAGACUAUAGAACUCUGAUAACACCUCUAACUAUAUAUAUAUAUACAUGCGCAUCUACAUCUAUCCGAUAUACAAGUAUAUAGCUACAACAUCUGUGAUAUUUAAGUUUUUUUCUUAACUAUUUUCUAUUGUACAAUACUAUAUAAUAUAAUAUUAGAUAUCGCUCGUAAAUCUUUCCUAAACACAACUGUUUUGAAUUAAGUCAACAAAUUGUAUUUAUUGCAUGGAAACACGCAUGUGGAAAACGCCUGGAAAAUAUGGACAACAAACCAAGUCCAAAUCUCUCAAGAUACAACAACAAAAAGAAAAAAAUAUGAAAAUAUAUUUUC